AUGAGUGCCUCCAAGACGGAGUCUCAAAAGAUCUUUGAGAAACUCAAACAGAAACCCGCAAACAAGGUAUGCUUUGAUUGCAACUCGAAGAACCCGACCUGGUCCUCUGUGCCUCUCGGUAUCUACCUUUGUCUCGACUGCUCGUCCAAUCACCGAAACCUGGGUGUUCACAUCUCCUUCGUUCGUUCCACAAACCUCGACCAGUGGCAAUGGGAGCAACUUCGAUUAAUGAAAGUCGGCGGAAAUGAGUCGGCCACCAAGUAUUUCCAGUCGCAUGGUGGUUCUGCCGCUCUUGCCAGCAAGGAUAGCAAGGUGAAGUACACCUGCAAUGCAGCCGUCAAGUACAAGGAAGAAUUGAAGCGACGGGCUGCAGCGGAUGCACAACAGUACCCCGGAGAGGUUGUCAUCACGGACGUCCCCGCCGCCGCCUCCGAUGGCUCGAACACCCCUGCUGGUGAUGCAGAUGAUGAUUUUUUCUCCUCUUGGGAUAAGCCCUCGAUUAAGCGACCCAGCAACCCUCCUUCUCGCACAGGUACUCCCCCGGUGGUGAGUCGGACCGCAUCGCCCUUCUUGAACGCCGGUGCCAACGGAAAUGGCCGCUCGAAAUCGCCCCUUUCAGCCUCGGAGAAGGAAAGCUCUCCUGCCCCCACUGCUAUCAGGACCGGAACAGCUGUCCGAAAGGGUGCCUCGGCUGGUAGUGUGAAGAAGGGUAGUGUCUUGGGAGCCAAGAAGGCCCCGAAACUCGGAGCCAAGAAAGUUGCCGGAGCGGAAGUGAUUGAUUUUGAUGAGGCCGAGCGUAAGGCCAAAGAAGAGGCCGAGCGCAUUGAGAAAUUGGGAUAUGACCCUGAAGCAGAGAAGGCUGAGGCUGAAGCUAAGGCCAAGACGGCGAGCGCUGCGGCCCCAGCUGUUGCUUCUCCUGCCCCAGUCAGCUCCAGCAAGGGAGGUUUUGGUGCUACCAGCAAGCCCAGCGAACGGAGCUCUAGCGAUGUAGAACGUCUCGGAAUGGGCAUGGGAAGACUAGGAUUUGGUCAAACUGCCAGUUCCAAGCCAGCUCCUUCGAAGCUUGGAUUUGGCUCUGUUGGCCCCGUUGGUCCCACCAGGACAGCUGCUGAUGAUGAGGAAAUCGCGCAGAACAAGAGCAGAUUCGGUAGUCAGAAGGGUAUUUCGUCCGAUGAAUUCUUCGGUCGGGAAAGAUUCGAUCCCAAUGCGCAAGCAGAAGCCAAGCAACGUUUGAAUCAAUUUGAUGGUGCCACCUCGAUUUCCAGCAACUCAUAUUUCGGCCGGCCCGAAGAUGACCUGCCCCCUAUGGACGAUGGAUACGGGGACUUGGAGAAUGCAGCCAAGGACUUUGUCCGUCGUUUUGGAAUCACGGCUGGCGAUGACCUCGAAAAUCUAUCUCAGAUUGUUGGAGAAGGAGCAUUCAAAUUGCAAGGCGCCAUCCGCACCUACUUGAACAGUUAG